AUGGAUUCUCGCUCAACUGCAGUGACAGAAUCAAAACAAGAAUCGUCGUCAAAUCAAUCAACAGUGAGUAAUAGUAUCAAUAACAGCGCUACAAAUGAUAGUAUAAAUGAAGUUCGAAAUAUUUUGUCGGAUUUAGAAAGGCAACUGAAUGAUAUAUUUAAAGGAAACCAAUUAAAUGAAGACUUCACCAUUUUGAAUGGAUACCUUACUUUCCUUCACUCUAAAUUGAUUAAAGUAGUUGUUGAUCUCUUGGAAGUUAGUUCGACUUCCACAGAUUUAAAUGUGAUCAAAUUAAAUCAUAAAUUGAUUUCUUUCAUUUUAGAUCAAUUAUGGGGUAGAAUUUAUUAUCCUGUUUUCAAAUGGUUUCAAAAUUGGAGGAAAUGGAUUAUUACAAAUUAUUUCAAAAAAGUUCAACCUUCACAGAACGCAAAUGAUCAAACCAGAUUCAUUGAAUUUAGAAAAAUGAAUUCUAAACUGAAUAAAUUUGCAAAAUUAGUUAAUCAAUUUUAUUCGAGUAUUAUUCAAACCAUUUUAAAAAAAUUUGACACUUCAUUACUUUUACCAAAGUUGUUUUAUAAAGAAAUAAAUGAAAUAUUCCCCUUAUCAUUAUAUCAAUCUUCUCCUCCAUCUCCAAGCCAUUUCUCAUCAUCUUCUCCUUCAAUUGCAUACGAUAAUACAACUACUGAUAUGAUAAUACUAAUGAUGUUACAAAAAUGUUUAUUCUACUUGGGGCAUUGUCAACGUUAUAAAGCAAUUAAUGAAAAAAUCUAUGAUAAUUAUCAAAUUGAUGAUUUCAAAAAGGCUCUUUUCUAUUUUAAUUGGUCUAAUUUAUUAUUACCUUCAUUUGGUGGCGAAUCAUUUUUACAGCUAGGAUUGAUCCACGUACAUACGAAAAAUUUCGGUAUUGCCUUACAAUAUUUUAUUAGAGCUUCCUUGACGAGGAUUUCAAACCCUAUUGCGAUGAAUAAUUUCCAAGCUAUCAUUUCUAAUAACAAUUCCAAAGAAAAUAAUAAAAAUAAUAACAACAAUAGGUUAUAUGAAAAUAUUAUCGAUAUAAUAAAAGAUACUCGUGUAAAUGAAUUUAAACCAACGAAAAUAGUUAACAAGGAAAUCAUUGAAUAUUAUUUUAUUGUAUUAUUUGGUAUAAAUUAUAAUCCAUCAUCUUGGGUUGAUACCAAGAAAAAUGGUACUCAAUUUUUAAAAAGUACUGACAUCAAUUUGAAGCAUUUAGAAGCUUCAUUUUUGGAGAAAAUUUCAACAAGAUUUUUUAAAAAUAUGAACCUUAUCUUACAAAAUUUAAUAACAGCCAUUGGUGGGUUCCAUCUCUUACUGCUUAACGAGAAAAAAAAUAGUAAAGAGCAAAAUAUAUUUAACAUUGGGCUGGAAGAAUUAUCAAAACAUCAAUUAUCAUAUUUGGAUUUCGUAUUUAAAUUCAUUUCUCAUCUAAUUAAAAAUGUUAUAAUGAUAUCAUGGGAAGAAAAACCAGAAGAUUUCCAAUACAUUGCAAUGGUCCGUUUAAUACUGUCAUGGUUGAAUUCUAACCGAUGCAUCUUACAAUAUUCUCACACAAAUGAAUUGUUUACCAUCACGUUGGCAAAAUUAAGUAAUCAAAUUAUUAAAAAUAAAUCUAUUAAAUUGGACACGUCAAAAUUGAAACAAAAUUCCGAAUUCGUUCCUACAAGAACAUACCUAUUUGAAGAAGAUGUCAUAUUUAGAGAAUUUGCAAGUAUUCACUUCAAUUUAUCAGGAUUUAAUGAUUCUAAGAUCAAUUCAUCUCCGGAUAGAAAUAUUAGAUUAAUGGGGUUUUCGCCAGAAGUAGAAGAUACUAACUCUGAGAAUAAUGAUAUGGACAUAAUUAAAUUGAAAUUAUAUUCAAUCAUUCUUAUGAGUAAGAAGGUUUUGGAUGGAAAUCAAUACGGUAUCAAAUGGGAUGAUGACGGAAUUCAAUUUGACCAUAUCCCUAUUGUGACAGAGAAGAAUACUUUGAAGUAUCAAGGUAAGAAACGUGGUGGAAUACUGCCUAAUUUAUUGGAUAAGAAAACGACGAUGUGGAAGAAGAAUAAGCAGCGAGAUAUACAAGUUUCAGAAAAGAAGAAAACUUUGAAUGGUAAGGAACUAAUUCAAGAAGAAGAUGAAGAAAUUGUGUAUGCUAGGAAUGAUAAUAUCAAUGAACCAAUUUCAGUUAGUGUAUUAGAGACUCAAUUGUUACAAGGAAGACAUUCAGGAUCAUCCACUCCUAGUGAUAAAUGGGGAUACAGUGGUUCGUCUGUUCCUGUACCACCUUCUAAUUUUAAUGUCAAGCCAAGUGAAGAUUUGACACAAAAUAUUACCGAACAAACUUUUUCAUCGGUAUUUGGAUCAGCUAGAUUUCAAAAUCAACCACAUAAAGAAUUAUCUUCAUCAUCAGUGAAAAGUAAUUCAGAGACAUCUCUUCCGUUGCGAGACUUAGAAAAUUCAUUAAAGAACAUGACUAUGAGUGACCAAAAUAUGAUCAAUAAUAAUAAUAAUAGUACUAAUGAAAGUGUGUCAUAUUUGAACACUGCUGCAUUUCAACAACAAGACAGUAAAAUCGAAACUACCUCAUCUGCACCAACUUCCUCUCAUAAUCCGGCAUAUUCCUAUGAUUAUUUGAACAAUUUAUCAAAUCAAUCUCAAUUUAUGUCAAUUCCUGCCCCAAACUUACAACUGCCACCUCCAACUUCGCAGGUACAACAAACUUCACCUUUCUUUUUGUCAAACCAACAAUUCCAACAAUCAGGAACCAUUUCACCAUAUCUCACUAAUCAACCUUCAUACCCAAAUUUCCAACAACAUUCAUCAUCGUCAUAUCCAUGGUUGAAUGCAACGACUUUUGAAAAUAUGCCAUAUCUUCCCCAGCAAGCACAAAUGCAAGCAUCUCCAUUCGCUUAUAUGACUACACAAUAUCCUUACGAUAAUAGCAUGUAUCAAAAAAAUAACCGUCAUUCCAAGUCAGCAACAACAAAAUCAGCAACAAAAAAGAGCGACAAAAAGUGCAAAUCCACAAUCAAGCGGCAAGAAUAA